GGGGGCGUAUGCAAACAACCUGGAGUUCCAAGCAUCUGAUUGAUCUGUCGAAGGCCUCUUCCCCGCCGUGCUCCCACGGCAGGCGCCGUGGGCAUGCGGGCGCGGCCUGCGCGCGCGUGAGCGAGGAUGGGCACGCAGGGCAGCCCGGUCAAAAGCUACGACUACCUGCUCAAGUUCCUACUGGUGGGCGACAGCGAUGUGGGCAAGGGCGAGAUCCUGGAGAGCCUGCAGGACGGCGCGGCCGAAUCCCCGUACGCCUACAGCAACGGGAUAGACUACAAGACAACUACCAUCCUGCUGGACGGACGGCGGGUCAAGCUGGAGCUCUGGGACACGUCGGGCCAGGGCAGGUUCUGCACCAUCUUCAGGUCCUACUCCAGGGGCGCACAGGGGAUCCUCCUGGUAUAUGACAUCACCAACCGCUGGUCCUUUGAUGGCAUUGACCGGUGGAUCAAGGAGAUUGAUGAGCAUGCACCUGGGGUCCCCCGGAUCCUGGUUGGGAACCGGCUGCACCUGGCCUUCAAGCGGCAAGUCCCAACGGAGCAGGCUCGCGCUUACGCAGAAAAGAACUGCAUGACCUUCUUUGAGGUCAGCCCGUUGUGCAACUUCAAUGUCACCGAGUCCUUCACUGAACUGUCCCGUAUUGUGCUUAUGCGGCAUGGCAUGGAGAAGAUCUGGAGGCCCAACCGAGUGUUCAGCCUGCAAGACCUCUGCUGUCGCGCCAUCGUCUCCUGCACUCCCGUGCACCUCAUCGACAAGCUCCCAUUGCCCGUCACCAUCAAGAGCCACCUCAAGUCCUUCUCGAUGGCCAAUGGCAUGAAUGCCGUCAUGAUGCACGGACGCUCCUAUUCGCUGGCCAGUGGGGCAGGGGGUGGCGGCAGCAAGGGCAACAGCCUCAAGAGGUCUAAGUCCAUCCGCCCCCCCCAGAGCCCUCCCCAGAACUGUUCCAGGAGCAACUGCAAGAUCUCCUAGCAGGGGAGGCAGGCACUGCCCAUCUGGACACGCUCCGGGAGUGAGGUUUCAGGCUUGGGGAAGCUCCUUCUAGGCGCUGGGGCGGCGCCAUGUGCAGGGAAAACUUUGGCCACAUGACCCCUCCUGGGAGCGUGGGGCACACCUAGUAGGCAGUUGGUCUCAGCCAGACAAGCCCUGUAGGACAGCAGAGGCUGCGCUUGAAACAAGCCCAAGUCCCCACAUGCUGUCCCUGGUCCCACCUUGAGGGAACUGUCCUGGGGUCCUGCGGGGCCUGGCUCACUUUCUUAUUUAUAUAGAAGACAUUUCACCAUUUUUAUACCUUUUUAAAGGGCCAACAGGGAAGCCUUAAUGCAGCCAUGGGGUGAGCUCACAUCUGCUUAUGGGGAUGACCUUUGGGACAUUGAAGAGGGUGGGACUGGAGGCAAAGCACUUCACAUGGGGUGUGGGCUAUGCAGGGGCCAGUGGGGACACACGGAGUCUAGGCAGCAGUCUUGGACCCUACUACCCGUGCUGGCCUUUCUGAGCAUGGUGGCUAGUAUGCCUACCACACAGUACUGGGCAGUGGUGCAGGUUUCGGCCCAGCAGUUGACACAGUGAGGUGAUGUUCCUAUGUGUCGUGGAGCCAUGGACUCCAAGCAGAGUGUCGAUAUUUCUAAGAGAAAAGAAGUGGGGUACACCCCACAUCCCUCCCUGCGUGGAGGCACCUUUGGUCACUUUUACAUACAUUGCUACGUGAGAUGGGCUCAGCAUCUCUGUGAAGGUGCAGAGUUGUCUGUAGGUGAUAAAUACUCAAGGGGCUACCAGGCGCUCUGCAGGUUUGGACUGAGUUGUUGCACACUCGCCUCUGGGCGUCUGGACUCCACUCUCGCCAGCUUCUAUUCCCUGACCUUGGGUAUCACCCCAUAGCAGCUCCUUGCCCGGCAUCACCCCUCUUUGAGGUCACGUAUCACCAGAACCAUCUGACCCAGUUUUUAGGGAUGCCACCUGGCACAGUCAUAGCAGUGGACCUCUUCCAUGACCUGGCAGCCAGCCCUGAGCUGGAGGCCUUUCCUCCUCCCACCUGCCUGGCUGGCAACAUGGCCACCAGUCACACUGGUGCUCCACUCUACCUCCUGCUGGGCUCUCCCUGGACCUGAGACCCCCUGGGACUCCUCUGUGGUGGGUGUCCCCUGUGGGAGGGAGCCCUAUGUCUGCUGUUCUGGGAGGCAAGUUGGGCAGGGUUCUGUGGCCCUUGUUAGCAGGGGUGCCUGGGGACCCUGGCCAAGGCCUGACCACCAACAGGGUUAGGCAGAGGAGGCCCUGCCUGUCCUGUCCUGCCAACAGAGCCCCUUUCUUUGUACUUUGAACCAAAUAACAUGAACUUUAUUGUGAGGGUGUGGACAGCCCUGCAUUCACCACAUAAACACUACCCUUUGCUGCUGACACUUGCACCAUUCCUGUGCUCAUUUUGGACGGUUUUUGUUUCUUUGUACAGUAAAUGUAAUUCAGCUCUGAUCUCCAGGCUACAUUUUAUGUGAAUUAAAGUCUCUGGUUUUAAUUUA